GCGCCCUCCGUCGACGAGGUGCUCUCCCUGGCCGCCCGCCUGGGCGCCGCGGACCGGCGGGCCCUGCAGGCCGCGCUCGCGGCCGCCGACGGCCAGCACGGGGUUGCGAAGGACGCGGCCCUCGGGCCCCCAGCCGCGGGCGCGCCCGCGGAGCAGCAGGCGAAGUCGCUGUGGUCCUGCCUCACGGCCAGCCUGGGCGUGCUGCGGCCUGCCUCCGUCGGGCGCGCCUGUCUGAG